CUUACCGCGAAGACAGGCCCGUGAAGAACGCUUCUUGCUCAUUGGUUGUUAAUCUCAGCUAUGCAUCUCGCUGCCGCAAGGCUCUGAUCACUGUGAGGAAGCAACUGCAAUGCAUUGAGGAGUCACAUAUAGCGUGCUAGCCUGCCUAUAGUGCCGCGAGAUACUAUCCACCGAUGAUCGCAGAUGUCAUCCUCAAACAUUUCCUUUUCUCAAUCGCGCUCAAGGCGGCCUCAAGACGGUUCUUUUUCCGCUCAUGCACGAGUGCUGAUGUGCUUCGAGUUUACUGUUAUAUUAGCAUUCCCCUCGGCCUUGAUGUUCUCCGCUCAUGCGCUAUCGCCGUGCAUCUGAAGAUGCGCCUCAACGACACGAACUUAACAAUAGCGCAAGAAGCAUGGAUGCUUUCGGACGUCCCACACGAGAAGCGUGGCAUGAGAAUACAAUGUACAGCAUCCGUCUCGCAUGUAUUAUUGGACCUCCUUCCCAUGGUAAGUUUGUGGAUAUCGAGUUGAUCGAUGCUUGCUUCCCAGCCGUUAUGGAACAAUCGAUGUUUAGAAGCAAGUCCAUUCCGAUUCGUCUCAGCGCAUAUAUGACUAUCAUC